AUGCCCUGGGGAUUAUCACUAUUGGCCGAAUCUGUAGUCAAAGAGCAUCGGCAGACGACAGUCGACAUCCGGCUCGUCUGUGCUGAUCUCGCCUGAAAUCCUGUGAAAACGUCGUCCUCAACGUUGUCGCCGCAACCCCCCAACUCCAAUCCCAACCCCAUUUUCAACCCCAAGUCCCAUCCGGCGCUGCCGCAGGCCAAUAUCGCCAGGAUUGCCAGCUCCCGGCCAGAACACCGAUCGCCGACUGCGUCUCCGGCCCUGUCGGACGCUUCCACGGCCGACGGCGAGGCUUCUCCCGAGCUUCCGCCUCUGCCUGUGCCCAGGCUGUCCGACCGAGUCCUCGGCCUGUUGAGGACCCCGCCGGAUAGUCCUGCCGCGCCCCAGAGCGGAGCCGCUGCCCCCCAGCAACAGGCCAGCGAAGCCACAGACCAGCAAGACCAGCAAGACCAGCAGUCUGACCCUCCUGGCUCUUGCAUCUGGGGUUCGCCGUACCCGCCCCACCUGCGUAGCGAGAGCUCACCGAGCAGCCACAGUCUUGACAGCGAAGGCUCCGACGACGAGCCCAUUCACCGCCUCGAGCUCGAGACUCCCUUCCUCCGUCCUGCGCCGCCCCCCGUCCAACAACAAGAGUCCCAGCCUGAGCUACGGCUCCAGGGCAUCAGCGCCGCUGCCGCCGUCCUCGCAAACCGGGCACGGCGUAUUGCCCACGGCAUCACUGAAGGCUGGAUUCGCCAACACACCCUUGGCGCCACCGAUCACGACAAGGAAAGGCGACAUUGGUUCAGCGACGGCUCCGGAGAGACUGAUACCUCUUCACUGAGCGAUUCAUUCUCCGGCGAGGAGGCUGCCUGGCUGGGUUCCGCCGACGACGACGACGACGCCCACACGCCCAGGAAUAGUCGUAAGAAGAAGAAUAAGACUAGGCGUCGUCGCCAACCGUCUACUACCGGCCUCUGGAGACAAUCGAGCAGCGAGACCUUAACCCAGGAACGCGUGGCUCCCAAAAAGACGAAAGGAGAGGCUGCCACCCCAAAUAUGGCUGCGUCGGACUCAACACCUGCCGGAGACCGCUCAGACGGCUCAACUUCUGUUGUCGGCCAAACUGGCAAGUUCUUGGAGCCUCCGUUUGUCGCUCAGAGACCUCGCACACCCAGUGUUGACCCGACUGCAAAGCCAGCCAACGGUACCGGAGACGCCACCAAUGGCGUGCUCAAUGGCAGUGCCAAUGGCGAUGCUGCCGCGCCUACGACGCCCGCAAGAGCCUCUGCAAAGAAGUCCCUGGCAGCAGCAGCAGCAGCAGCAGCGGCAGUAACAACGGCGACAGUAGCACCACCUUCGUCGCCUAGGGUGAAAAAGAGGGUGCCAUGGAGGGGUAAGAGCGUAAUGGUGUUGCUCCCUAGGGACGAGGACCGUGGUAAGCCAGGAAAGCCUCCUAUCCCUCUUUCUGAGGAAGAGGUCGCUGCCUUGCUUCACCGCUGGGAGAGUCUCGGCUACAAUAUCCGAGGCUUUGAUUUGUAUGGGCCGCCCGACGAGUUUGGUGCCUCAGCGGAGGCACAAAGCAAGCGUUUUUGGCCCGAUCCUGCGGAGAUGAGACAGGAGCAUCAAGAUAGGAACUUCAGGAUUGUUCUUCCGGACUUAGAUGCCUGGAAGCGUUACGUCGACGAAUUGAACGAGGCGAAGCUCCGUGCUCUGGGCGUAGGGUCCGCCAACGAUCCUCCAGCUCCUGCGCCAUCCAUUUCCCCGGUUCCUGGCAUUAAGGGCCAGAUACCGAUGGGCCAGUACCCCCAGCUACCAUUCUCCCCGCCGAUACCUCCCGGCUCUGCGACGAGCAAUCCAGCACUUCCCCCUCUGUCCUUCUCUGCUCCCUUCAUACCCUCGGCUGCUCCCAGUCCUGCCAUGCCCUCUGGGCCUUCGCCGGUGCCGUUGGGCGUCAAAUUCAACCCUCGGGCGUCAAUCUCGGUCGCUUCACCUAACGCGUGGAGCCAUCAGUUGAUGCUCCAGCAGGGUCAUCGUGUUGGAUCACCGUCGCUCGCUAAUCUCGCCUCGAUCGUGUCGCCAACCGGCUCGCCCUUCUCUCCAGAUGGAGUGCCCGGCAUGCCAAUGGGCCAUCAGCGUCAUCAAUCCCUGCAAUUCGGCGCAUUGCCAUUCCCACCCCCUCCUGCCCCAGUUAGGGCCUCUCCUUGUCUUCAGGAGCUACGUGAGGUUGAAGAGGAAGGCUUACACGACGUUCAUCCCCCCUUGCCCAAUCCUGGCUUGCCUCGUCCCAACCAGAACGAGAGCCUACAGCGGGAGAUUGAAGAAGCCGAAUAUCACUUGGAGGAGCAGAUGCGGUCGCAGCUUGAGAAUGACAGGGAUUAUAGCCCACAUAAAGAGAACGAUAAGCCUGGUGACGCGCUUGCUCCCCAACUGCCCCGUUACUCUAGUAACACCGAAGGCCUUGUUUUGCAUCAUCCCAGACCGCACAGCCGGGGCCAUUCGUUGUCCCAGAGAUAUUUCACGGAGGAGGAUGCGGCCAACGCAGGCCCUUUCAAGCCCACGCUGCAGAGCAUCAACGCUCAUCCUGGAGAGGAUGAUGAAGUUAUCAUGAACCCAAACAGCCUUGGUACUCCUGUCCAGGCCCUGGAUUUCGCAAACCUGUUGAGCCAUCAGCGUGGGCUUUCAUCCUCUGGCAACCCAUGGGCAGACACCGAGUCAAACAAGCCCGCCGACGCUGCUCACCGAGCCCGUUCCAACCAUGCCAGCAAGCCCUCGUUUUCGAAGCUCAACGUGGAGGCACCAGAGUUCAAGUUCAAUCCGUCUACUGGCAGCUUUAACUUCAGCAGUGCAUUCUCUUUUCAACCGAACCCACUCCAGCCUAUGUCGUUCAACAUGGGCUUCAACAACAAUGCCGAUGCCAGCCAUUCUGGUCUGCCACGCGUUGGCUCAUCCUCUAAAAUCAAUGCCAACGCCCCCGUAUUUUCGCCCGGUCAGAGUGAGUUCAACUUCUCGACGUCGGGCCCCAAGUUCCGUCCGGAUGCUCCUGCUUUCACCCCACAUACGGUUUCUACUGCUAUGACGAGCCCGAUGACGUCGGAUAGUGGAAGCAACAGGGCCAGCUCUAUCUUUGGCAACAUUGAUCUCAGCGGCACUGAUACUGUCAAGCCCGGCGAGAGGCCCAAGGCCAUUCCCGUCGUUCGUCCAAAGAGCCGUGAUGAAGCUGCUCCUGCUGCGAUUGGUCUCCAGGAAGGACCAGAUGGGCGUCCCAUUGACGAUUCCCGCGUCAAGAGGAUUCGUGCUGCGGCUGAGAAGGACGAUACUGUACCCCAAUUUGCUGAGCCUCCCAAGGAGGAUGCUAUUGUUUCCGCAGACGCCGCUCCCCGGGACGAUCCAGUGCCGGUCGAAGAGAAGUCGUUCGACGACUCCCACCUUGGCACGAUGGCUUCUACCAUGGUGUCUGAAACCACAGAUACCAAGCCAAUUGUCACCCCGUCUGAGCCAUCUCCUGGCCAGCCUACGGUGAGCUGGGCUUCAUCUGAGCUCAAGAGUACUCUUGAAGUCCAACAGUUCAAUGACACUCGGCCUUCUGCCUUUGAAAACACCAAGCAUAUCCAUAAGAAAUCACUCUCUGCGACGGCUGAAGCUUUCGUGCCCGGAGCCACAGCAUGGGGUGGUAAGACCAGCUCUGCUGACGAGGCCUCGAUCAGUGAAGUUAAGCAGGCUGCUCCAACGGAACCUGCGGGAAACGUGGAUACUUCUGCAAAGGAGGAAUUAAUGAAUCCCCACGUCAAGGAAGAAUCCUGCGAGCCUGUGCAAGAUCUGACGAAGAAGGAGGCUCCAUCUCCUCUGCCGACUGCCGCAUCUCCCCAGUCACCACUUGCGCCCAAGGGUCUCGCGGCUUCUCAAUUUACCUCGCUCUCUCCCUCGGCAAAGCCCAAGACUGGCCUGGCCGCAUCUCGCUUUGCCGCUACUCCCUCACCAGUUUCUGAGGAUGCUGGUUACGCUGUGGGCUCACAACGCAUUAUUACGCCUGCUACUGCCGAGACUCCGUCUCUCGCCCCUGGAGGAGACGAGCUCGACGAGAGGGACUUACCUGCUGAGCCGACCAUGGCCGAUAUUGAUGAGGUCAUGCGUCGCCUGCAGGAGCAACCAGAGAUGGGCGUCAACAGGACAUACGAUGUGGAACCAGAGUGGCAGCCGGAACCGACCCUAGAACACCACUCUGGCUCUGUUACCGAGGAAGAAGACUCUUCUGCCGAACGCCUGCCUCAAGAACAAAUCCGCAGUGUAGCUCCCAGCCCAAGCCUUGGUAAGCUCCAGCCAGUCGAGGCUGAAGGGUACUUUGACAAGCCUUCUCAUGAUAUCCAUUCCGGUGCGGAUGGUCCCAUUUACCACCUCAAUGGCGCUCGCAGCAUUCCAAACAGCGACUGGGAGAGCGUUUUCAGCGAGGGUGAGCAGACAAAGCUUGAGUACCAGGUCGCCUUUGACCGCCGCGUUAACGAAGUGGUGGGCAACCUGCUGGCUUCCAAACUUGGGCCGCUUGAGCGGGCUUUGGAGAAUAUCAACAACUCGCUCGCAGGGUUCUCGCGGCGUCCCUCGUCCAGCCGACGUAGCAGACGCAGUAUCUCAGCCGAUAUCCAGACAAGCGAUGCCGAUGAUGAAGAUGACGAGAUGCCGCUUACGAUGCGCUCCAUCAGCCCGCGGCGCGACCGCAGGAUGGAGCAGAUCCGCACUGCGGUUCUGGACGCCCUUGCUAUUCAGCGUCGCAACCAAGCAAAGGAGGCUACUCCUGUUCCUGUCGACAACUCGGAAGUUCUGGCAGUGCUCGAGGAAGUCAAGGAGCAGCUUAGACAACCAACCGAGCCUGCUAUUCGCAGCGAGGAUAUCAAGAGCAUCUUGUCCGAAGUUUUGGAGACCCGCAUGCCAACGUUGCUGCCGCCUCCCGUUGGCAACGAUGAGGAGGUCAAGGAGCUUCGGGCUCGCAUCGCUGAACUGGAGAAGCGAGUUCACGAGGAGGCUGCCAAGGCAGAGGCCGAGGCUGCUGCCAGACAGGCUGCCGAAAACCGCGCCGCGGAAAUCAGCCGCGAACUCCAGACUGCCACGACCAGGAUCGAGGUCGAGAUGAUGAACAAGAGUGCACUCAAUCAACGCAUCCACGAUCUCGAAGAGCGGGCAGAACACGCUGAGUCUCAGGCUGAGAAAGAGCUCCAGCACAGGAGGACAGCUGAAGAUAAGGCCGCCGAGUUUCAGCGUCUUCUUCAGGUCGCAUCUGAAGAUGAGAAACACUUGCGCAAGCUGGCUAACGAGAAGGAUGAGAGGAUCAAGGCACUCGAGUCCGCACAGAGUGAUACCCUGAUGCGUUUGGCUAUGCUUGAAGGGAGCCAAGCCAGCGCCCAGCAGACCCAGAGCGAGUGGCAGAACCGUAUCAAUGAUCUGGAGGCUGAGCUUCGGGAUACUAGGAAGGACGCGCAGCAUUGGCGCAUGGAGGUCGACCGUAUUAUGGCCAUUGCUCAGCGGAACAAGCAAGAUCUCAGCCAGACGCUUGACGAAAACAAGGCUUUGCACAGACUGAUCGACACCUUGGGAACCCAACUCCAGGAGAACGAGCGCGUUCGGGAUACCUGGCGGUCCAAGUUCAUUGCACUGCAAGAUGAGAUGGCUCAAGCUAUGCGCCAGCUUACCGAAGAGAACGCCAGGAGAAUGAAGAGGGAGCAGGCCUUGCUGUCCCGCCAAGAGGUUCUGGAGGCUCGCCUGCAAGCUGAAGCGCGGACCCGCGAGCGUAUUGAAACCGAGCUAGAGCGACUGGAAAUGGGCGAGCGCCAGGGCAUGCGCGCCGUUGCCGAGUGCAAAAGACUCGAGGCCUUACUGGUUGAGAUGCGGAACGAGAAUCAUAAACUCCACCAAACUGCCAUGCGCUACCAGGCCGAGUUCCAGGAGGCCAGAGAGACAGCCGCCCGGGAGAUUAAACGCACGCGCGACGCCCUGCAAGCCGAGCUCGAGAAUGCCAACCACCAGGUCAACGUCAUUCGCGAGGAGUACGAAGAGCAGAUCGCGCGGCUCCGGGCCCAGCUCGACCAGGUCAAGCUGGAUGCCGACACGGCCAAGGCCCGCCACGAGAUGCUCCUCGAGGAGGCAGAAACCUCGAAGCGGGCUGCUAUCGAGGCCCUCCUGCGCAAGCAUCAAAACGAGAUCGAGGACAUGCAGACACGCUACGAGCGUCAACUCAGCAACGCGACCGAGGAUGCUCAGAGAGCCGAGCAAAACUUACUGGAGCGUCUCAGCAUCUCCACAUCCAAGAUCGAGUGUCUGCAGGAGAAGGUGGCCCAUCUGGAAGAGAAACUGGAAAUCGCCAAGGAGGCUGCUCGGGCUGCUGCCCAGGCCGCGAAAUCCGCCGUUGGCGCCGAGUCAGUCCAGGGUCAGGCUGUUCCCAGUCCGCGCCAGCUUGGCUUGCCCGAGAAGAUCUCUCCUCAGGCUCUUCGCGAGACCAUCAUGGUGCUGCAAGACCAACUGCAGGAGCGCGAACAGCGCAUCGAAGAUCUCGAGACCAAGCUUGCCAAGGUCGAUCCAGAUGCAGAGACAAAGAUUGCCAAGCGCGACGACGAAAUCAUGUGGUUGCGCGAACUGCUCGCUGUGCGCCACUCCGACCUGCAGGACAUCAUCACAGCGCUCGAGACCGAGAACUUCGACCGUGCUGCCGUUCGCGAUGCUGCCAUUCGUCUCAAGGCCAACCUCCAGAUGGAAGAACAAGAACGCGAACGUGCCCUCAACGGCGGUUCUGCCCUCAGCCUGCCAAACAUUGCUGCCACCAUCCGCGAAGCCGCUGCCCGCACUCCUCGCGUAGCCCAGGCUGUGGGCCCCUUGGCUGCCGCAUGGGGCAGCUUGCGCAAGGCCAGGGAGGCCGGCCUCGCCAGCGUGCUUUCCUCUCCUGCCCCCGCCCGGAACUCUACACCGUCUAAGAGCGGCAGCUCCCAGGCGAGCAGCGGCGCUAGUGGCUUGUUAGGAAGUCUUCUGACUCCUGCCUCGCAAACCAAACAGACCGCUCAAGCAGCAGUUUUCAAGCAGGCCACGGCAUUCAAUAGCACAGGUCCUCAAGACUUGGCCAACCGGACAGGCCCCUUAGUGUCAGCGUCCGCAAUGUCAAUGACGGCCGUCCCCGUCUCUAACCGUGUCGCUGAGGGUCAGACGACGGAAGCUGAACCGUCGAUCCAGCUGCUGUCACCGCUGAUGCAGGCUACUGCUUCACUCAUUCCUCAGGCCCCUCAGCCCCUUCGACCAGUCACGCCGCCCAACGUGAUGCUCCGGGCAAGCGCGUACGACUCGGAUGCGCAAGCGGCUGGAGAAUUUGAUGACACCGGGUUCUUUGAGGAUGACUGA